ACUAAAUUAAGGAGGCUGGCAGGUGAUACAUAUAUAUAUAUAUAUAUUACACUAUACACUAUAUUUCCAAAAGUAUUAGGGCACUUCUCCAAAUCAUUGGAUUCAGGUGUUCUAGUCACCUCAAUGAUCACAGGUGUAUAAAAUCAAGCACUUAGAUAUGCAGACUGCUUCUACAAACAUUUGUGAAAGAAUGGGUCGCUCUCAGGAGCUCAGUGAAUUCAAGCGUGGUACCGUGAUAGGUUGCCAUCUGUCCAAUAAGUCGAUCUGUGAAGUUUCCUUGCUACUAAAUAUUCCACGGUCAGCUGUUAGUGGUAUUAUAACAAAGUGGAAGCAACUGGGAACAACAGCAACUCAGCCACGAAGUGGUAGGCCAUGAAAAAUAACAGUGUGGGGUCAG